AUGAACUCGGUGUCUAAGAGUUUACUGAGUGGAAUAGCUUUUGCUACUACUGCGUUUGAUGUUUGGAAUGACUUAAAGGAAAGAUUUGACAGAGUGGAUGGGUCUAGAACCUAUAGUCUCCAUAAAGAUAUAACCUCUUUACAACAAGGAACUGCUUCUGUGUCUGUGUACUACACUAGACUGAAAACUUUGUGGGAUGAAUUUGAGGCCUUAGUGCCUCCUCCCUGCUGCAAUUGUGACAAAUCAAGAGGUUUUGUAGUGCAUUUAAACAGGCAGAAGUUAUACCAAUUUUUUAUGGGAUUGAAUGAAUCAUAUCAUCAGGCUAGGAGUCAGAUCCUUCUGAUGGAUCCACUCCCAAACAUUAAUCAGGCCUAUGCUAUGAUAGUGGGGGAUGAGAGUCAAAAAGCUGUAGUUACCAGCACUGGUGGUAUGGGCAUGAGUGCAGUUGGUAUGGAGUCGUUGUCUUUGUAUUCUAAGGUUGGUAAUAGCUCAGGCGUAAGUCAAAGGUUCAAAAGGAACUCCCUUCUUGUGUGUGAAUUCUGUAAAUGCAAAGGACACAGCAAGGAAUUCUGCUAUAAGGUGAUAGGGUAUCCUCCUGAUUUCAAGUCCAAAAGAAAGGUUCAAAGUGGUUCAUCUGCAACUCGUACAUCUGACUCUUAUCCAGGAUCUUUACCAGCUCAAGCCAAUUUCUCAUAUGGCUUGACUAAUAAUGCUCAUAUGCCAGAUUUGGGACACACUUGUGAUCCUGUGUCUACUAACAGAUAUGCAGGAUCUGUUAUGUCUGCAACAGGGUCUGGUGCUUCUGCAGUUCCUCACUAUACUACGGUUGCAAGCCAUGCUGAGAAGGAGGUUCAACAACUCCUUCAGGGUUGCACAUUCACAAAGGAUCAGUAUGAUCACAUCCUUCAAAUGUUUCAGAACAAACCAGAACGUACUACCAGUGAUGGUAAUGUAGCACACACUGCAGAUCAUAUGGUGUCUAAUCUGGAUAUGUUAACUAAGGAGACUGUGUCAAAACUUGAAGUUCCUAGGACAGUAUCUCUUCCUAAUGGUGAUGUCACUCAAGAGCUCUUCAGUGGAAGGGUGAAGGAGGUUGGUAAGGAAGAUGGUGGUCUAUAUGUGCUGUUGAGCCAACUAAAUAACUACAAGAAAGAUUCUCUGUGUGCUGGUUCUAAGCUGGACUCAGCACUCCAGGAAUCCACUUUGGAGUUAUGGCACAAAAGACUUGGACAUGUGUCCUCAGUAGGUCUCUCUAAAAUGUUUGCUAUGACUAAACAAAGUUUGUGUAAUAUCUCUAAGUGUCUAGUAUGUCCUUAUGCUAAACAAACAAGAUCUGUAUUUCCUUCUAGUUGUAUCAAAAGUACUGCUUGCUUUGAUUUAGUACACAUUGAUCUUUGGGGUCCUUACAAUACUCCUACAGUUGAUGGAAAUAGAUAUUUUCUGACUAUUGUGGAUGAUUUUUCCAGAAUGACCUGGCUGUUCUUAUUGCAAUUUAAGUCUGAUGUGUGUGUCUCACUUAAAGUUUUUCUGCAAUAUGUGAAAACUCAAUUUGGCAAAUCUGUGAAGGUGUUAAGACCUGACAAUGGCACUGAGUUUGUUAACUCAGUCUGUGCUCAACUGUUUAAAGAUUUGGGGAUCAUUCAUCAAAGAUCUUGUCCAUAUACUCCUCAGCAAAAUGGUGUGGCUGAAAUGAAGCAUAGACAUUUGCUUGAGGUAACAAGAGCACUUCGAUUUCAGGCAAAAAUUCCUUUGAAGUAUUGGGGACACUGUGUGCUGGCUGCUGCUUAUGUUAUUAACAGACUACCUAGUAGUGUGCUUCAAUUUCAGACACCUUAUGAGAAGUUGUAUGGGAGCCCACCUGUACUAACUCACUUAAGGACUAUAGGCUGUUUGUGUUUUGCAAAAGUCCUCAAUGAGCAUGACAAGUUGCUCCCACGAUCAAGAUCAGCAAUACAUAUGGGAUACUCAGAUGUACAAAAGGGGUACUUAUUGUUGGAUUUCCAUAGUAAUUCUUUUUUUACUAGUAGAGAUGUGCUCUUUCGAGAAGACAUCUUUCCUUUUGCUCAAAUGGACACCUCAGUCCCUCCGCCUAUCUUUGUAGAUUCUUUACAAAAUAACCCUGAGUUAUCUGUUCAAAUAGAUCACUUCCCUCCUGUUCUCCAAAAGGCUGACAAUAUGGUGAAUGUAUGUGAGCCAAGUCACACUGAGUCUAACUUAUUUCCUUCUGUCGGAGAAGAGGGUGUCUCUUCCCAAAGGCCUGAUCCUGAUGAUUCGCAUACUGCUGUCCUAGGCUCAGACAAUCUGGAGUUUGCGGUCCUAAUAGGGACAAGAAGAUCCACUAGAGUCAAGCAUUCUCCACCAUGGUUGAAAGACUUUGUCUCAUUGAGUGCUACUAAGGGUGUAAAGUUUCCAUUGUCUGAUUACAUGAGUUAUUCUCACCUGUCUCCCCACUAUCAAUGCUAUAUUGCAGCAACCUCCUUCAUUCGAGAACUAACUACUUAUUUCGAGGCUAUCACAGAUCAGAGAUGGAUUGAUGCUAUGAAGGCUGAAAUUCAGGCUUUGGAAAGCAAUCAGACUUGGCAGAUUACUGAUCUACCUCUUGGUAAAGGCCUAUUGGCUGCAAAUGGAUUUACAAGGUUAAAUAUAAGUCCAGAGGGGAAUAGACAGGUUCAAGGCAAGGUUGGUUGCAAAGGAUAA